GGCACAACGGGUGUGUGCUAGUACUUCGUCGAUCAACUCGGACUCUUAGUAAGUAGCGAGUGUUAGACGGAGUUUCCUACUAUGGUAACUCCGCUCAGGCUGGCCUACUUACUGCGUUGACGGGUUGAUUUCCAACACACAACCGAAAUUUAUUUUGCUGAUUGUUUGAAAGGAGUUUAACUCUGGAAAUCGAACUCAAAGGAACGUUCCGAACACAAAUCCACGCGCAGUACUUACCCUUGAUUCUAGCUAAAGGCUUCUAUUGAGAAUAGAAGUUCGUGAUGCCGACAUACGUUAUCAACGAUAGCAGCCCAUCAGUCCCCUCCUCAGGCUCCCAUUCGAUCUGUGCAGUCUCAUGUCAGAACAAGAAAUUGUUGCUGGUCUCCGCUGGAACAACAAUGCAGGUGUACCAAUCAUUACACUGAUGGUAUACGAGUACCUUCUUCUCUUGGACAAAGAGAAACGACCGUUGUCGCUAAUGUCAUGCCUAUACCUCGUUGUCCGAUACCUUGGUCUUUUCCUAGCACUGCUGUGCGGCUUCUGGGGAGUGUAUUUCUGGUUUGCAGAAGCCAUCCUCAUAUGGCGUCUUUAUGCCAUAUUCCAUCAAUCCAAGCUCCUACUUUAUGUUCUAGUAGGACUUUUCUUGCCCAUCGUUGCCCUCUCAAUCGGGGCAGACAUCUAUCUAUACAGUAGACGUAGCGCAUUUUCGGUGGUAGAAUUCAUAACUCCGAAUGCCAAGUACUGCACCCUUUCUUUCAACAUAGGGCCUAUGCCUGCAAUCUAUACCUCUAUCCCCAUUGUGUGCUAUGAUAUCUUACUAGUCGUUCUCGCGGCUGCCAUCCUCGCGAGGCAUCUUAAGGAACAGAGGGAAACUCACAUGAAGACUAAUAGAUAUAUGGUGAUGAUCGUUCGGUAUCAUAUCCUGUACUUUGUUCUGAAUUUGACAAACCAGAUCUUGCUGGUGGUAUUGUGGGCUCAUAUUCCCACCCCAGCAAUGAGUCUCUCAGAGCUUUUCAAUGAUACCGCGCCAUUUAUUCUCGCACCUCGUCUCAUCAUCAGUAUUUGGGACACGCAUGCCAAGGACGACUGUGUAGAAGUCAGUACGAUGUUCGAAGACUGUGUAUGUUUGACUUCGCCACCGAGGUUCGAGCAGCACGAGAUGAAUUCCUUUAUCGCAUAAUUCAGGCAUACUGGUUGCUCAGCCUGAGGACAGAAAUGAUCAGGGUAGAGCGAGGUGGCCACUUUUCCUUUAGCGCCUGAUAGUCACACUUUGAUCUGUUGA